GCUUCUACUUCUAGUGAGCCACCUUUUAAUCUGUUACCUGUAUUUGUCUUUUCUUAUUAUUUUCUCUGAUAAACCCUAGUUCCCAAAUUCUACCUUAUUCCCUCCAUCGCCGUCAAGUUCAAAGGUGCCAGUCCUGGUCUUUCGUUCUUUUUCAAAAUUUUCCAGUUUGCAGGAGGUUCUGAAGCUUCGUAACGAUGUCGGACGACGAGAGGGAGGAGAAGGAGUUGGAUCUAACUUCUCCUGAAGUCGUCACGAAAUACAAGAGCGCCGCCGAGAUCGUUAACAAGGCUUUGCAGCUAGUUGUAUCCGAAUGCAAACCUAAGGUCAAGAUUGUAGACAUUUGCGAGAAGGCUGAUUCGUACAUCAGAGAGCAAGCUGGUAACAUGUACAAGAAUGUUAAGAAGAAGAUCGAGAGGGGCGUUGCUUUCCCAACUUGCAUUUCUGUAAACAACACUGUCUGUCAUUUUUCUCCGCUUGCCAGCGACGAGACUGUGUUGGAAGAGGGUGAUAUGUUAAAGAUUGAUAUCGGUUGCCAUAUAGAUGGUUUUAUUGCUGUGGUGGCACAUACUCAUGUUCUUCAGGAAGGCCCAGUUACUGGGAGGGCAGCUGAUGUAAUUGCUGCUGCUAAUACUGCUGCAGAGGUUGCUUUGAGGCUUGUGAGGCCGGGAAGAAAGAACAAAGAUGUAACUGAUGCUAUUCAGAAGGUUGCCGCUGCUUAUGACUGCAAAAUUGUUGAAGGUGUUCUUAGCCAUCAACUGAAGCAGUUUGUGAUAGAUGGUAACAAGGUUGUACUGAGUGUAUCUGCUCCAGAGACAAGAGUUGAUGAUGCAGAAUUUGAGGAGAAUGAAGUUUAUGCUAUUGAUAUUGUAACAAGCACGGGUGAAGGGAAGCCUAAGCUCUUGGAUGAGAGGCAGACAACUAUUUAUAAGAGAGCUGUUGACAGGAACUACCACUUGAAGAUGAAAGCUUCUAGGUUUAUUUUCAGUGAAAUAAAUCAGAAAUUUCCUAUCAUGCCAUUCACUGCUAGGGCUCUGGAGGAGAAGAGAGCUCGGCUGGGUUUGGUGGAAUGUGUUAAUCAUGAACUCUUGCAGCCAUACCCUGUUCUACAUGAGAAGCCUGAUGAUUUGGUUGCACACAUCAAAUUCACAGUUCUACUAAUGCCAAAUGGGUCAGAUCGAAUUACAUCUCAUCCUCUGCAGGAGCUGCAGCCCACAAAGACAAUAGAUGAUCCCGAAAUCAAGUCCUGGUUAGCCCUGGGCACAAAGACGAAGAAGAAAGGUGGUGGAAAGAAGAAGAAAGGUAAAAAAGGAGACAAAACUGAGGAGUCAACAGAAGCCGAGCCUAUGGAUACUGCUACAAAUGGUGCUGCUUCCCAAGAAUGAGUCUUUUUCACCCCCUUUUCAUUUUUCAACCACUCCCUCGUCAAUUUUGGUGCUUUGUCCGCUCCAUUGUAUCAGGUUGGAUAUGAGUUGGUCUACUAUAGCGUUUAGACAUGAAUCCUACAUGUGAUUUCCUGCA